AUGGCAAAGAGAAAGAAGGGAAUGUCUGCAAGACAGCGAUUACUAGCUGAUAAGUUGAGGAAGAGAGAAAAGAGACAAAAAGCUGCAGGAAUUCUGCCAGACAAAGACUCGCAUUUGACGCCACAAGAAUCUGCUGUUCCUUGCGGGACAGUGGAUGGAGCUGAUUCAGCUCCUCCUGGUAAUUUUCCAGGGCUUGGUUCGAUGGGGUUUCCACCUAAAGAGGAAAAACCCCUGGCCAGGAUGCAGGCCUCACCUCGUGUGAGAAUGCAUUCACCUGCCCCGAGGUUGUCACCUCCUCGGGGAAGUCGUCUGUUUGUCCAUGACGAGGGCAAGGCACCGUCCACUGACUCCCCACCGUGGGUUUGUGCUCCACCGAGGGCACCUGGAUCGGACAUAGUGCAAAUGUCUGAUCCAGCAGGACAGGCGCAGCUGGAUACCUCCAGGAUGGAGGAGACCAGUAGAAUAUCAAAAGAUGAAGGAACUUUAACGAAUACUAAAACGGAAACUGAAAGUAAUAACAAAGGAAUACUGAACGAAAAACAUGAUAUUAUAGAAAGUAAAAACAAAGAGAGAGAUAUAUUGGAGACUGUAGAAAGUAUGAUGGAUUUCAGAGAUGAUUUAGAUAUCAUAGAAAAUGUCAGAGACUCAGAAGAUGAAACUGAUGGUAAGGGAGAUAUUCUAGAAACAAAUGAGAGACCUUUUUUUAGGAGGAGAGAUGGUGAGGAAGAAAACUGUGGUAGUCAGAAUGCAGAAAAUGUGAAUGUAAAUAGUGCUCAGAGAGACAGUUUUAAUAGGCAGGAUUGUGUUGAUGAGGAAAAUACAUACAUGAAUACAACAAAUGUGUAUUGUGUGUCUGUUCAGGGGUCUUUCCAUCAAGCUGAUCCUAUGUUUGGUGACACUGCAGGAACUCAAUGUGUGGCAAAUUGUUUAUCAGGUUUAGCUUAUAAUCUUCUGAAAAGUGCAAAAAUCUGGCAAACAGCUGAUGUCAACAAAGUAUUAGUGAAUGGAGAUGAACUUUACACAUACCUGCAGAACUGUACUUCAAUUACAAGUAGAUAUUUGUUAGUGGAAGAGUUACCGCAGUAUUUUGAAUGCUUUAGCAACACAUUUGACUUUACAGUGAAGGUCUCGGUACCAAGUUUAAUCAGUUUGUCAGCAGAGGAGCCAUGUUAUGAAGAUUUUAAUGCCUAUCCUCUUUUUGAAGCUCUGCAGGUAGCACUUACUGAAACAAACGGAUGCUUUGUGUGUUUUGGAGGGAAUACCCUUUUAAUAGGGAAGACUAAUGAUGGGUUUUUCUCAUUUGAUUCACAUGCACGAUGCUCCCGUGGAUAUCUUAGUGUUCGAGGGAAGAGUACAAGAAUUUUAUUGAAGGAUGUUCAGGAUGUCUACCUGCAUCUUAGGUCACUUGCUAUUUCUAUGGGCUUUUCACAAACUGUUGCUUGUGAAUUAACUGGGGUGUUGUGUUCACUUAAACAUUUUGCCACUGCAGUAGUUUAUGAGGUUAAAGGAUCUGAAUAUUCAGAGGGAAACAAAGGUUCAAGACAAGGUCUCUCGACAUCAAAUCAGUCAAAGGUUAAAGAAAGUGGGAGAUAUCUUGAAGGGUUAAAAGGUUCAGAGCAAGGCAGGUCAUUGUCAGAUCAGUCAGAAAUAUUACAGGCGAAUGAUGUGAUUUUUAUGGGUGAGGAAUUCCAACGGCAUGAUUUUAUUCCUUUAUCAGUAGAAAAACAAAAAGAUUUGUGCAAAUUGUUGGGAGUGCCAUAUCAUGUCUCUACACAUGAAUACCAUGCUGCAUCUGUUAAAGAUAUGGAUAAACCCAGAGGCUGUAAAGAAAUUGAGCAAGAUGGUAAUUGCUUUUUUAGAGCAGUAUCAUUCAGCCUGACAAACUCUGAGAACCAUCAUCGUCAUAUUCGUGAAGCUGUUUGUGAGCAUCUCUUGAACCAUGAAGCAAUGUUUCAACAGUUUAUGAGGUCAGAAGGAUCUUUACGGUCGUAUUUACUUCAGUCUAAAAUGUCUGAAAUUGGUGUAUGGGCCACUGAAUUGGAGAUUCUUGCUAUGUCACAUAUGUUGAAUGUUGACAUUUAUACUUAUUCAGAUAUGAAAUGGCUUCAGUUUAGUGGGAAAGGUCCGAACCUUGAAUCAGCUGAACAGAAGGAAGCUAUUUAUUUAUACCACAGACAGCAGAACCAUUAUGAUGUUGUUUUAAGUGUUUUAGCAAGGCCACAUGAAAAGGAAUGUGUCACCCAACAUUCGUUUCUUAAAGGAGAAUAUAGCCAUCGCAGAAAAAAUAAAAUUCGAAUGAGGGAGGAACGAAAAAGUCUGAAAUUGAAGAUAGGAGACUUGAAGGAAAAUAGCAAAGAUGCAUUUAGAAAAAGAUGCAGGGAAAAUGUAAAGUACCGAAAGAAAAUGUCGGAGCAGAAGAAAGAUAUGUACUCAUAUGCAGACUUCAGGUUGAAAGAACAGAUAAGGAACAGAGAACGAUAUCGUGCUUCACCUUCAGUGCAAAUGGCAAGUAAAAGAAGAAGUAAAAUGAAGUACUCCAAAGACUUGAAGUAUAAAGAGGGAAAGAAAAGAAUGAGUGUUGAGAAAUAUAAGUUGGAUUCUGAGCACAGAGAACAGGUGAAAGGAAAGAGUACAGAGAAGUACAAGAUAGACUUUGAACAUAAGGAAAGUGUUAAGAAAGCAAGCAUUGAAAAGUACAAAAAAGACUUAGAACAUCAGCAAAAUCUGAAGACAGCAAGCAUUAAGAAGUACAAGACAAACUUGGAGCAUCAGCAAAGUGUGAAGAAAGCAAGCAUCGAGAAGUACAAGACAAACUUGGAGCAUCAGCAAAGCGUUAAAAGAAGAAGCAGUGAAAAGUACAAAACUGAUUUGGAGCACAGGAUUACUGUAAAGCAGAGGGUGUCAAAAAGAUACGAAGAAAAUGAAUCUUACAGAGCGAAAAGUAAAGCCGCCUUUGUACGUAAAUAUAAUACAAGUGAGACCUUUAGAACAAACAUGCGAAAAAGAGCUACAAGGAGGUAUCACGCUGAUACAGAAUAUCAGUCUAAAGCGAAGGAAAGUGGUAAGGCUAGUUACCAAUCAUCUGCUGAAGUUAGAAGGAGGAAAAAAGAAGAAGUUAGACAGAAAAGGAGAUUGAAACAAAUGAACGUGAAACAGGAAGAGGAAAUUAUCCGAUUAUUUAAGGGAAAAGCCAAGGAAGGUCCAAAUUAUGUUUGUACAUGUUGCCACAGGCUUUUCUUUCAGAAUCAGGUUCAAGCAUGUGAACAUCAGAUGUAUCAUAAAAGUGAGUCAGCAAAAACUAUCUCAGAGAUUUGUUUGCUAGAUAAGUAUUUGCAUGAAUGCUCUGAAUCUUGCCCAGAAUCGUGUACUAAAUCAUCAUUAUGGAUUUGUUACACUUGUCAUCGGAAAAUAAUGAGUGGCAAAGCACCUGCAGAAGCUGCAGUCAACGGCAUGAUUCUGGAGGAUAUUCCUUCUGAAUUGACUAACUUGAACAGUUUGGAACAGCAUUUAAUUGCAAUGCACAUCCCAUUUAUGAAAGUAAUGGCUCUUCCUCAUGGUGGACAAAAAAAUGUACAUGGUCCUGUUAUUUGUGUACCUUCAGAUAUGAGGAAAACUGUCAGUUUACCAAUGAAACAUGAUGAAAACUUGUUGUUGCGUGUGAAAUUGAAAAGGAAGUUGAAUUACAAAGGAUACUUUGAGUAUCAGUUUGUCAAUACAGGUCAUAUCAUGUCAGCUUUAUCAUACUUAAAAGAACAUAAUCAUUGGUAUGAGGAUAUAAAAAUUGAAUCAUCUCUGGAAGAGGAUUUAACAAUUCAUGAAGAAAUGACGGAAGAGAACGUUGAGACAAGGAAUAAUGCGGAAAUCACAGAGGAAAUGGUUGCAUUUGACACAUGUUUACAACCUGUAGAUGUUGCACAGGAGGUUUUAGACCAUUAUUUUGAUGAUGUGUACAACAUUGCACCAGGUGAAGGGAAAAACCCAAUUCGAAUGUUACAGGAACCUGGCAAUGAAGCUAAGGCAUUUCCAUGUCAUUUUCCAAGUGGUCGUUUCUCUUGGAGCGAAGAACGGUCAGAAAAGUUAACUCUUUCCAGAUAUUUCAAUAAUAGGCUAAUGAAUGCAGAUGACAGAUUUGCAAAGGACACUAAUUACAUCUUCUUUAGCCAGUACAUGUCCGAACUGAAUCAAGUGAUUGAAAAAACUCAAAUUUCACUUAGAAAAUCCUUAUCAAAAUGGACCAAUGGGAAACCAGUUACAGUAAAUAUGCUGCAAGAUCCAAUUACUCUCUCGGGCUUGCUGAGGAAUGAUGAUGCUAUUAGAUUUAUGCAGCCAAUAAGAGGAACACCGGCUUAUUGGGCAACGGCUCAGAAAGACCUCUUUGCUAUGCUACGGCAAUUAGGAAUUCCCACUUGGUUUUGCUCGUUCUCUGCAGCAGAGUACAGAUGGAAUGAUGCUGUUACAGCAAUACUACAACAGCAGAACGAUAACAGAAAUCCCGAGGAAAUGGAAUGGUCGGAAAAGAAUGAAAUUCUAAGGUGCAAUCCAGUCACUGUGGCUAGAAUGUUUGAGCACAGAUUUCAAAUAUUUCAUAAGGAAGUCAUACUUUCUCCUGCAGAACCAAUAGGAAAGGUAGCAGACUUUUUUCAAAGAGUUGAGUUCCAGCAGAGAGGAUCUCCACAUAUGCAUUGCUUAUAUUGGAUUGAAAAUGCACCAAACAUUGAUUCUGAUGGUGAGGAAGUUGUAUGCAGUUUUAUUGACAGAUAUGUAACAUGUGCUGUGCCAUCAGAAAGUGAUGAUUCUGAAUUGAGGAAAAGUGUUUUAGAAGUACAACAACACAGCAAGAAACAUUCAAAAUCUUGUAAAAAGAAGGGAACAGAAUGUAGAUUUAAUUUCCCAAGGCCUCCAUCUCAAAAGACUUUCAUUACAAGCAGUCAAGAGGAGGAAACCACAGAUGAGUGUGAAAAAGAGGCAAAGCUAAACAAGGCAUAUGCGAAGGAAAUAUUAUUCAGUGUUUGGGAAAGAGUUCACAAUGAAGGGGAUAGAAAUAUAACAACAGAAGAAUUAUUUGAUGAUCUUUCAUUAACCCAGGAACUGUACGAAGAGGCCCAUAACAUGUUGUCGGCAAAAAGAUCAAUUAUACUUGAACGCUGCCCAAAUGAGGUGUGGACAAACCAAUACAAUAGAUGUUUGUUAAAAUCUUGGGAUGCUAAUAUGGACAUACAGUUUGUUCUUGACCCUUUCAGUUGUAUUGUUUAUAUUAUUUCCUAUAUAUCAAAGUCAGAGAGGGAAAUGGGCAUGCUAUUAAAACAAACAAAGUUGGAGGCAGAAGAAGGAAAUGUUGAUGCCAGGAAAACUAUGAAGAAAAUUGGAUCAGCUUACUUGCAUCACAGGGAAGUUAGUGCUCAGGAAGCUGUAUACAGAGUAUGUAACUUGAGAAUGAAAGAAUGUUCUAGGAAGGUUGUAUUUGUGCCUGUCGGUGACAACCCAGUGCGCUUAAGUAAGCCACUAUCUGUGCUGAAGAAAAAAGCAUCAAAGGAUGUAGAAAUUACCGAUGAAGAAGAAGAUGAAGAGAAUGAAGUAUGGAUGACAAACAUAAUUGAACGUUACAUGAACAGACCAGAUAAGCCAGUCUUCCAUGAAAUGUGCCUUGCAGAAUUUUGUUCUGAAUUCAGAGUGCUAGCAAAAUCUCAAGUUCCUCAGAACGAGAAUCAAAAUGUGUUUGAAUUACAGAAUGGGAAGGGUUACGUACAACGAAGAACAAGAACUCAACCUGCUGUUGUUAGAUAUCCUAGGUUCAGUGUUGAAAAAAUGUCUGAGAAAUAUUAUCAAUCUCGAUUGCAACUUUUUCUUCCCUACUGGACAGAAGCACAGUUGAAACCACCAGGGUUUGAAUUAUAUGAAGAUUUUUAUAAAACUGGUUAUGUGAAAAUUUCCAGUGGAAAACGAAAGCAAUCAGUGAAGUCAAUAGUGGAAUCAAAUCAGUCACAAUAUGCAAAAAAUGAAGAGAUGAUUGACAGCGCUCAGGAUGCGUAUGAGAUGCAUGGUGAACCGGAAGAUGCAUGGUCGAGGAUAUGUCCAGAGACAGAGGUUCUCAGAAGGGAAGGAAUAGCACAGAGAAAGGAGAACACAGUGCCAGAGGAGGAUAGUACCGAUAUUAUACCAGAGAUUGAAAGCGAGACACAUAAUGCAGAUGUCAUGUAUCAUGUUCAACAACAUGUUAUCUCAAGAGAAGAAAUGUUACCUGUUCUUCAGAAUUUGAAUGAGACACAGAGUGAUGUAUUUUAUUUGGUCCGCAAAUGGUGUUUAGCAAAGAUUGCAGGGGAGAAAUGUGAACCCUUUCAUUUAUUUGUAACUGGUGGAGCAGGAACUGGUAAAAGUCAUCUUAUAAAAGCCAUUCAGUAUGAAGCAUCGCGUUUGCUUUCACGAAUAAUGUCAGAACCAGAUAGACUAUCAGUUCUUCUCUCAGCAUUCACUGGAACAGCGGCUUUCAACAUUGGCGGAAAUACACUGCACCACUUAUUUUCCCUAACAAAAUAUCUGCCUUUACCAUAUGAACCUCUUGGUGAACAAAGCCUCAGCGAAUUGAGAGUAAAGAUAGGGGAUCUUCACAUUCUUAUCAUUGAUGAAAUAUCAAUGGUAUACAAAAGACUUUUGUACUACAUACACGAAAGACUAGUGCAGAUUAAGAAAUGCAAGGAGCCCUUUGGUGGAGUUUGUGUUAUUGCUGUUGGGGACUUUUACCAGCUGCCUCCUGUAAAGCAGAGAAAAGAUGAAAGGCUUUACAAAGAAAAUCUUAGUUAUCCAAUGGAUUACUGGCUUGACUUAUUUAAAGUCAUUGAGUUAAAAGAGAUAAUGAGACAAAGAGGAGAUUUGUCCUUUGCUGGGAUUCUUAAUUCUUUUCGUGUAAGAGAGAGAGCUGAAGAACUGACACAACAGCAAAGGAAUUUCCUAAAAGACUGUAUCAGGGAAGGACCAGAAGACGUUCUUCAUGUGUUUUCUACUAACGAUGAAGUUAACACAUAUAACCUGUCAAUGUUAAAAAGAUCAUGUGAAGAUCUACUGGAAAUUGAUGCUCAGGACUUUAGAAAGGACAAAACAUCCGGUAAAUUAGUACCGAGAAACAAACCUAUGACAAGAUCAAGAAGUGAUGGCCUUCCAAGCUCUCUCCUAUUGUCAGUCCAUGCAAGGGUAAUGCUUACGAGAAAUUGCAAUGUAGAGGAUGGACUUGUGAAUGGAGUAAUGGGACAUAUCUGUCAGUUUUCAUUUGAAGAAAAAGGUGAAGGAAUUGUCAGAGCAAUAGGAGUGGUUUUUGAUAAUAAGGAAGUUGGAAAAAAGACAGGGCAAUAUACAAGGGGCAAAAACAUAGUGUUCAUUGAACGAGUGCAAGAAGAGAUAAAGGACAAGGCUACUACAGUGGUUCGACAUCAGUUUCCAAUUCGACUAUCUUGGGCGUGCACGGCUCAUAAGGUGCAGGGAAUGACAACAGACAAAGUUGUAGUGAACUUAGAUAAAGCAUUUGCCCCAGGUCAAGCGUAUGUUGCACUGUCAAGGGUUACUUCAAAGGUCGGCCUUUUUAUUGAUACAGAGGAUCCAGCUCGACUUCAGAAAAAUGUUUAUGCUGAUCCAGAGGUCAAAGCAGCAUUAAAAGAAAUGCCUAAAGCAAGUUUUGAUGAGAUUGCAAUGCCUUUACUCUCUGCUGGAAAGAACAUAGUUCUGCAUAAUAUACAGAGCUUAGGUGGCCAUUUUGGAGAUCUGAAGAAUGAUACCAGAUUCCAUAAGGCUGAUAUUAUUUGCUUAACAGAGACAUGGUUAAGAUUUGAGGAAAACACGGGGAAUUUUGCAUUGGAAGGGUUUCAAUUUCAUCAUCUUCCAAGAAGCGAAGCAUAUGAAGAAAGUACUACAAUGAGACAGAGUGUACAAAUGACAAAAGGUGGAGGUGUCGGACUGUAUUUGAAAGACAAGAAAGAUUCAUAUGAUGUUCUACCACUAAGCAAAAUGAAUAUUGAAGGAAUAGCUGUAAAAUUAGCGAGAGGAAAUAUCUUGUUGUUGACUGUGUAUCGCCCAUGUGCAGCAAAAAUAGCAAUGUUCCUUCAAUAUCUGCAGAAAGUUUUUGACUACUUAAAAACAAAUGCACAUGAUUGUAUCAUCGUAGGUGAUUUUAAUGAGGAUGCAAAGACUAAUGGCCCAAUUCAGAGGUUUAUGAAAGAUCAGAACUUCAGACAAAUUGUAUCCUUUAGCACCACAGAGGGGGGAACAAUUUUGGAUCAUGUGUAUGUAUCCAGUUCCAUAGAAGUUGACGUUUAUCACUUGUCAACAUAUUACAGUUAUCAUGAUGCUGUACUUUUGAAAAUCCGAGAUGAAUAA